ACAAUUGCUCUUCCGGAGAACAUGCAGCUCCAAUCCCCUCUCAUGCGACUUCCACCUGAGAUCAAGCAUAUCAUCUACGGUUACUGCUUCGUCACUGAUGGCCCAAUCAUCGAUCCCGUAGUAGACUGUGCCCGACCUAAGGAAGAACAAAAGCCCAAGCUCGGCGUAAAUCUUCUUCGAACAUGCCGAAGGGUCUACCACGAAGCGGACCGCCGCCCAUUGUUCACGCAGAACACCUUUCGCUUCACGACCGUCGACCGCGUCCGAUGCUUCAUCAAAUCGCUUGCCGAGCCCUAUCGCGCCUGCGUCCAAGACAUCGAGAUCGAUGCUCGAAGAGUCCACUGCGACCAUCCCGGAAUCGCACGAGAAUGGCUACACUACCUGGCUUGGGGUGGCGGAACGUGGAGCGAGAUCCUAGGCUCGUUGCGUAUGGAUGCACCAGGUCUGAGGUGUCUUCGCCUGAACUUUGAGUCCUGGCCAUCCAUCCCCAUGUUCAGAGCUGAGCUGUGGAACCUUUUGAGAAGCAUGCUUUUGCAGGUCGAAGGUCUGGAGAGAAUCGUCGUCAUCGGUGCUAGCAAAGGCAAGGGAAUGGCUAUGCGCGAGCCCUGGUCGCCCGUCCACUUCGUCGGCGGCGACGACGUUGGAAGUGACGAUCUGGUUCAGCGUAUGUGGAAAGUCGUUGGCGCCCAGGAUGAUCUGGAGAAAGUGAUUAGAUGGAUACGAAGUGGAGGCAGGCUGUAUCUGGAGGUGGUCACAAAAACGUACCUGGUCAAACACGUAGAGAAGAACUGGGCUGGAUCUUGCAAGAGGGAGAAGUCUACAGAUCCCUGGCCCGAGAACGGGUCGUGCACAUGGUUGCAAUACCAAAACCGCAAAUCGGACGUGGCAGAGACCAUGCAG